AUGCCAAUCUACGAACCAGUUCCUCAGGCUGAAGAGCCCGUUAUUACCGCCGCCAGCUCGAGCUCUGCGCCAGCAGCUGCUCAACCCGUCACUGCUCGUGACGGUGUGUUUCAAAACCUGAAGCCCAAGACCGACCCUUCGCCCGCUCCCGUUGGAAAGGCUUAUGAGGAAAUCGAGCCGCCGUCCUAUGCCGACGUUGCUCACGACCGCGCACCAGCGUACUAUGAGACCACGGUCAUAUCGAGCGGGAUUCAGGACGAUGGGGAGCUUCUCAUCGAUGGCCUCCCUGUCGGUGACUUCCUAUCAUUCAUCGUGAACAUGCUUGUAUCCAUGUCCUUCGACUUCAUUGGCUUUCUCUUGACCGCCAUGCUGGCUACCUCGCACGCCGCUCGCGCCGGGUCACGGUGCGGUUUUGGAAUCACACUCGUUCGUUAUGGAUUCUACAUGAGGGCAAGAGAGGAUGAGGUUCUAGACCAAUAUGACCAAUAUGACCCACAGGCAUCCCCCGAGUCGAUUGCGGAAGAAAAGGAGGAAACCCGGGCCGAAACGGAAUGGAUCUCAUAUCUGAUGAUUGUUAUGGGCUUCUUUAUCUUCAUGCGAGCAAAUGCUGAGUACGUGCGCGCAAAGAGGAUGCAAGCCGUAAUACUGGCCUCUUCCGAAGUUACCCAAGUUUAG